AUGGAGGUUUUACAAAAUGAAUCAAACGCCGCGAUGAACUACACCAACAAGUUCGCGCAGCCCCCGUGGCGCGUGGCGCUCUGGUCCAUCGCCUACAGCUUCAUCCUGGCCGUGGCGGUGUUUGGAAACCUCAUCGUCAUCUGGAUAAUCCUGGCGCACAAACGCAUGAGGACGGUCACCAAUUAUUUCCUCCUGAACCUGGCUUUUUCUGACGCGUCAAUGGCCGCGUUCAACACCCUCAUAAACUUUAUCUACGCCUCGCACGGGGUGUGGUACUUUGGGGAAGCAUACUGUAAAUUCCAUAACUUUUUCCCCGUGACAUCUGUGUUUGCGAGCAUCUACUCCAUGACGGCCAUCGCAGUGGACAGGUACAUGGCCAUCAUCCACCCUCUGAAGCCCCGCCUCUCGGCCAAAGCCACCACGUGCAUCAUCCUGGUCAUCUGGUGUCUGGCUGUGGCUCUGGCCUUCCCCCUGUGCUACUACUCCACCACCACCGCGCGUACCCGGCCGCUGUGCUACGUGAAGUGGCCCCACGGAGCUAAUGAGUUCAUGUAUCAUAUCAUUGUGAUCGUGUUGGUGUACGUGGUGCCCCUAGUGAUCAUGGCCAUCACGUACGCCAUUGUGGGCGUGACACUGUGGGGAGGGGAGAUUCCUGGUGAUUCAUCUGACAACUACCACGGACAGCUCCAGGCCAAGAGAAAGGUGGUGAAGAUGAUGAUCAUUGUGGUGGUGACCUUUGCCCUCUGCUGGCUCCCCUACCACGUCUACUUCAUAGCGACGGGUCUGAAGAAAGAUCUGAAAAGGAUGAAGUACAUCCAGCAGGUUUACCUCAGUGUGCUGUGGCUGGCCAUGAGCUCCACCAUGUACAACCCCAUCAUCUACUGCUGCCUCAACAGCAGAUUCCGAGCAGGCUUCAAGUGUGCAUUCCGCUGGUGUCCCUUCAUCAAAGUAUCCAGCUACGACGAGCUGGAACUGCGCUCCACCCGCCUCCACACCACCCGCCAGAGCAGCAUGUACACCCUGUCACGCAUGGACACCACAAGCGCUGUGGUGUACGACCCCAAUGAUCCUGACGGGGGCGCCGAAGGGGGAAACAGGAAGCUCUCCCUGAUGUCCAGAAAGAAGAGCUAUAUUGUGUCUCGGCAGCCCGGGGCUAUUAGCAGCGGCAACGACAAGGCCCAGAAUGGAAGAAUGUCAAACACGCAAUCUGAGGCGUUCUCGUGAAGUGUGCUACGCUGUACAGAUAAUCAGAAGAAGCCCGUACGUUUGACAAGCAUGUAUAUUGUAUGAUGUAUAUACACAUAGUGACAGUGAAGUGGCCAUCUACGUGUGCUGUAAAUGAAGCCGAGAAAGAU